UUAGAAUACGUAAAAAGAAAAAAAAUGGCUGCGCCCAUGAAUUACCAUGCAUGAUAACAACCAGGGAUUGUUAACGGUAUCAUACGAGCGCAUAAAACGCAAGUUUGCUUUGUCUGGCAAUGGCUGUUUCAAGAAUGAAGCUGAAGAAGCUGGAGGGUCACCUUCAAAGUGUAGAAGUUUUCGACAACCCUAAGAUUUUGCUGGAGCAAUAUCCAACAACACCACAUAUAGCUUCCGUGAUGUUGCACGAGAUUCAAACUAAGUUUAAUGACAUUGAUGGAUGCACUGUCCUUGACCUUGGAUGUGGGUGUGGUGUUCUGAGUAUAGGUUCCGUAAUGUUAGGAGCUACUUAUGUUCUGGGGAUUGAUGUGGAUGAAGAAGCUUUGGAAGUCUGUCAGAAAAACUUGGAUGAUUUUGAUAUUUUAAAUGUAGAUUUGCUUCAACAGGACAUUGUAAAUAUCUCCCCAAAAGAUGUGAAGUGUGCUUCGGAGAACAUUUUCUCCAAGAAAUUUGACACUGUGAUAAUGAAUCCUCCAUUUGGAACUAAAAAGAAUGCAGGCAUUGACAUGGAAUUUGUGAAGGCUGGUUUGAUGAUGUCAACAAAUGCUGUUUAUUCUUUACACAAGUCUAGCACAAGGGAACAUCUACGCAAAAAAGCCAAGGACUGGGGGGUGUCUAUUGAGAUUCUGGGACAGUUUAAAUUUGAAAUUGCAGAUACCUUCAAGUGUCACAAACAAAAAGUAGUAUGUAUUGAUGUUGAUUUUGUCAGAUUUGGCAAUAAAUGAUAAAUCAGUAUGAAUACUUAAAGAUGAUCUUGCCCUGUCAUUUCAAUCAGACACGGAAAAAUGAAUAAAUUGCCAAAUAGCAUUUACAUGUCUACUUAUUUUUAAGUCACCUGAUUCACUCCAGUCACCUCUUGCUAUCCACUUUUACCUGAAUUAUGUGCAGGCCAUUAACUGAAUAGCCAGAGCAAAUUUGGCACGUAGUGUAAUGUAUUGGUGGUAGGGGGACUAUAAUUUCAAGUUUCAAGCUCUUCCUUAUGGCCAUAGAGAUAGGUCAUAGAAAUAGUCAAAGAUAGGUCAUAGAGAUACAUGUAGGUCAAAGAGAUAUGUCAUAGAAAUAGGCCAUAGAGAUAGUCAAAGAUAGGUUAUAGAGAUAGGUCUAGAAAUACAAAUUGCUGAUUAUUAAAAAAAUUUGCAGGAUGUUAAACAGACAAAAAGAUACAUUGAUGUGUUUCUGCUAACGUCCAAGUAAAAAUUAGGAUAGGUUGUUUGGAAUUUAAAUUAUAUUUUUGUUAUGACCCCUUCAAAGAAGAGGGGCAUGUUGGUUUACACCUGUCGGUCGGUAGACCACAUGUUGUCCGCUCAAUAUCUUUAGAACCAUUCGCUUGAUGAUAAUGAUAUUUCAUAUGUGGGUUGGUUAUGAGUAGAAGAGGACCUCUAUUGUUUUUCAGGUCAAAAGAUCAAGGGUCAAUCUAGUCUGGAAAUGGGAAUAUACUGUCCGCUCAAUAUCUUUAGAACCCUUUGCUUGAGUGACAGACAUCAAACUUGAUAUACUGGUACAUUCCUAAGGAGUAGAUGACCCCUGUUGAUUUUGAGGUCACAUGGUCAAGGGUCAAACUGGACAUAGGAAUAUACUGACCACUCAAUGUCUAGAGAACCCUUUGCUUGACAGAUAUCAAACUUGGUACACUGGUACAUCUUCAGGAGAAGAUGACCCCUAUUGAUUUUGAGCUCACAUGGUCAAGGGUCAAACUGGACAUAGGAAUAUACUGUCCGUUCAAUAUCUUGAGAACCCUUUGCUUGACAAACAUCAAACCUGGUACACUGGUACAUCUUCAGGAGAAGAUGACCCCUAUUGAUUUUGAUGUCACAUGGUCAAAGGUCAAUGGUUGAACAGGACAUAGUAAUACAUGUAUAUUGUCUUCUAUAUUUCAAGAAUUAUUUGCUUGAUUGACACCAAACUUGGUACACUGGUACAGCAUAAGGAGUAGAUGACCCCUAUUGAUUUUUAGGUCACAUGGUCAAUCCACUCUUGACAUAGGAAGAUAUUGUCUGCUCAGUGUUUUGAAUUGAUGAUACUACCAUCAAUUAAAUGAUGUGUGUGUAUAACCUUUUUCAAUUUUGCACCACGGGGGCCAUAUGUGUUUUACAAACAUCUCUUGUUCAUCUCCAUUUAAGUUGCUGGUACAUUUACAUGUCUAUUUACUAGUAAUAACGUAUUGAACAUGAGACACUAAUUUUUCAGUAUCAAAGCAACUUUUUAAUAUGAUUUGUCAUAGAUUAACUACAAAGUAAUGUCAACUCUCUAAUAAAAUAUUUCUUCAUUGAUUUCUUGAACAAUGUGCUAUAAAAAAAUCUAUGGCAGGGUAUAUAAUUUUGAGGUUCAGGUCAGGUUAGCAGAAACAGCCAUUUUUAUUUUAGGCUUAAUCUGUGCAUAAGCAUUAAUUAAGUUAUUGUAAAAUUCAUUCCCUCCAGAGCAGGGGUUAAGGUAGAUCGAUCCUCAUGUGAUGUCAUAGGUUUUUGCAAAAAUCUUUUUUAAAUUAAACUUUGUGAAUGAUAGAAUUAUAUCUUUAAAGAGGUUUGCACCUGAUAUAUGGAGUAAUGUCAAUUUUUUGGGAAAUGUAUUUUUGAUUUCUACAUUGAGGGAGAAUUAGGAAAUUUUAAAAAGAAAAACUGGGAUUGCAACUCCUGUUAUUGAGCUACAGUGUUCUAAGCAUGACCUUUUUGCCCUUAAAAUUUAUUCAAUUAAACUUGAUUUGUCUGUUGGCAUCAACACAACAUAAGCAACACAAAUCAAUCAUUACAUAAAAUAGAUAUAAAUAAUCAUGUCUUCUAACACUACAGAUAAAAAAAAAAAAGGUUUAAAACUAGUAAUGGAAACAAAUAAUGACCUUUUUGCACUUGAUAAUAUCAAAGUUGGGAGUUUAAAAGGACAUAUUAGGAGUAAUGUCAAUUUCUAAAAUUUUACAUAAUUGUCAAGGUCUGAUCUUACAAUUUAAAAUGGAACUAAAAAAAAAGUGGGGGUUGGAGAUAAAAAAUUUAAUAUUGGCGAAAAUAGUGAAUUUUUAUACAAAAAAAUCAAGUAAAUUAGUUAAAACUUUUUUAAGAAUCAGUGAUCAGUUUGGAAAAAUAUGUCAACCAAGUUGAUAAAUUACGAUAUUUGAACUAGUUCCAAGUCCACCUACCUGUAUCAUGAAUUAUAAAACUGAAAUACAUUUAAGGAGUAUAAAAAUAGAAGAUACAUUGGAUCAAACAGAAACUGUAAUAUCAUGCAGAUUUAGAACUUUUUGAUUAAUGAAUCCUUCCACCACAAAAUAUAGUCUCUGCCAAAUCCUUUCUAAAUUUGAACGGACACCAAAUUUUUCAACUGGAUAUGGUUCAGCAUUAGAUGUGUAAUAUGUUUUCACCAAUGGGAUCAGAAUUGAACCAUUAAAUACUUAGUUGUAGCAUCCUGCACAGUUGUACUCAGAAUUUAGCUACCUUCCUUAAGAGGAAUUUUAUUCACUGGGUAAAAUAAAAAAUUUGGUAAACUAUUGAUAGUGAAAAAGUUUAUAACUCCUAUGCUGGUAUUUCUCUACCGUAUGUCUCCCUAAUAGCCACUCACAAUUUAUACAUCCCAGUAUUUAUAAAUUAGCAAUUUUUCUAAACUGUUGACAUUAAAAAUUUGUCAUUUUAAUAAGUUUUUAAAAUCUAUUAUUCUGUUUUAAGAAAAUGUGUGCAAUCUGAUAUUGACAGUUUAUGUAUGUCUGACAUCUUGAAAAAGGUGGCUACAUACAUAUUUUCUUUGGUUGUUAAUUGAAUUAAUCUAUUUUGAGUAGAAAUUAAUACAGUUUUUCCACUUUCAACCAUUGACAUUGAUAAGUCACAUGAGGAUGGAGCUACCUUAAGUUGAAAGUCAGCUUCUUUUUUACAUGGCAUCAAGCAGACAAAUGUUGCAUGAUUGAAACGAGCAGAAGGUUGUCCUCUACAAUUUCUACAAAAUGUCCAAUAGACAAGUUUGUCAAGCUCCAGGAUGGAUCUAUUUUAAAUUUUAAAAUCAUAUAAUAGUUUGCAAGCAUAUUCCUUUAUGCUGAAUAUGUAUGUACUUAGUCUGACAUAUAUAGUUUAUGAAGAUACAAAUUGUUCAGCAUUUUAUUUUAUAAAUUUAAUUUUAAAAACUUUAAUUAUGUCCAUGUAGCACUUCAACUGAGAAAAAUAUGCAUACCUGCAAGAGAAAGGUUGGUAUAGAUUACGUUUAGUGCAGCCAGUUGUUAUGGUAACACACAUACUGUGAAGAAAUUGUAUGGUAUCUAAACUAUUGUAAUAAGAGGAUUGUACUGUACUGGUAUCUAGGCCAAGUUUUACAGAAGGUCGUAAAUUUUGUUGUUGACAUAAAUGUAGGCUAUAUGAUUGAUUUUAGUAAAAAUGUCGACCAUUAGAAAUACGCACCUUAGUUAAGCAUUCUAAUCAUUAAAAAUGGUAAAAUAAAAUUUGAAAAAUUUUCACCUCAAAUCGUGUCCAUGCCCUUUUAAAUUCAAAUUAAUAUCUUUUGACUAACAUAGAAAAAUAAAGUUAUCCAAAAUUGUUGAACAAUAGGAUAUUACCAAAUUAAAUGAAAGAUUGUUUCCUACUCUUCUUCACAAAAACUACAUUAUAGAUUUCAGCUUUACCUAUUUCAUACAUGAAACAAUUGGUAGUUAAGAUCUGAUGGUUAAGUCUGUAUUGAAACCAUUGUAAUAUGCCAUCUUUUGUUACCAGGAAUGGACGAUAGUAAAUCUCUUUUAAUCGUACAUCAGUUAUUUCAAAAUAUCUAGCCCACUUUUCUUUACCCUAAGGAUUUACUACUGGUUUAUUUAAGAUCACGUACAUAGGUUUGAUCCUUUUCUAGUAAGAGCAAAGACUGAUAUUACAAGGAAUCACUGGACUUUUGUAUAAAUCCAAUCCUACUAAAGUUAACAUUUCUUAAAUCCGAUAUAAUUGUUUGUUUUACAGCAUUGUGAGUUACAUAAUUUGUUUUGAUAUUUAAAUUUAAAUUAGUGACAAAAAAUUGCUAUUUUCAUCCAAUAUGUCCAGUACAUGUUUUAUGCCUUUUUGAUACCAAGACUUAUAGAAGACAAUUUGUUUUUCAAUUCUGAAAUGUUUAUUAUACCAUAAAGGUUGACUGACAUAUUCAUGCCAAUUUAUUUUCUUAUAGAUAUAGCACACAGCAACAAUGUUGUCAACAUUUUAAAAGAGCAAUCCCUGAGGGGCACAAAUGGAUAAUAAUAUGAAUAUAUGAAAGAGAUGUUUAGGCAUUGGAUAAUAAUGAAGAGAUGAUUAGCCUGCAUUGCAUGAUGAUGAAGACAUGUUUAGGCAUUAUAUAAUAAUGAAGACAUGUUUAGGCAUUAUAUAAUAAUGAAGACAUGUUUAGGCAUUAUAUAAGAAUGAAAAGAUGUUAAGGCAUUAGGAUAAUAAUGAAGAGAUCUUAAUGAUGAAGAGAUGUUAAGGCAUUAGGAGAUGUUAAACGGACUGGUUCACAUUUUUUGACAAAAAUAUUUUUCAUUUUUGACAUUAAAGGGAAAGGCAACCCUAACCACAUAUUUGCUUUUAUGAAUAAAGUAUGGCUUACUGAUAUCGUAAUUGACAGUCUUUAACAACAAAAAUCCUAAUUGAUUAACAAUUAAAUCAAUAUUAAUCUAUCAUGUAUUUUAAAUUACCCGCCGCUAAGAGAGUGGCCAUUGAAGUCACACCGUCUAUUCCGGUUUAUUUCAUCAUCAGCACUGUAAACAUGACAAGUCACGAACAGUUAAGUUUGGAGCCGUAUAGAUUUGAGCCCGUUCUUUCGCAAGAAGAAAUUGAGAAAAGAAGGCGUUCGAUUGAGUCAAAGACAAGGCAGACGGUAAACGUUCUUCAUACAAAUGUCUUGAACCUCAACUUGUCAUUACGCAAAUGAUGGAUCAACAGUUUACAUAGUCUUUUCUUUUCAAAUGACUUGGUUGAGUCGGGAAUUUCAGGGGAAAAAAACUUUAUCCACAUCUCCCCUUCACAUUAGUGUAAUUAACUGCUUGCCAGGAAGGCAUUAACCUAUUUAUUCGUAAAAUCUACCACAUGCACAACUUUGAUGAUCUCACAGAUGCUUGGGUUCAUGACCCAUAUAUAAGUAUUCUAACCUUCCUGCUUUAGACAUAAAACGUUCAGAACUGGAUCCUGCGUGUACAUAUGUAAUAUACUUACAUGCUGUAUUCAGUAAGAUGAUUUUGAACAAUGGAAUAUGAUACUACAAGUACAUGUCUUUGCUUUGUACACAUUUCCUUUGCUUUACACUUGUAAGCUGUCUUGGUUACUGGGAGUACAAAACCAACAGUCUGGUACAAUAGAUUUACUACCAGACUGUUAACAGGCACUGUCCCUUGGUGCCCCCUGUAAUCAAGUAAACAAUUCACACCUUCUUUAACACUUCUACAAUUGAUCCUACAUGUACAUGUGUUUUAUACUUGCAUACUGUUCUUACUGAAAUAUAAUUAUACUGAUUUGAUUACAAUUGCAAUUUUAUAUGUAUUCACAUAACACUAUCAUUAUCUGCUAUCCCAGAAACUGAUGUGUGAAGCUAUCAGGGUUAUUUUAUUUAUCAUGUUGUUAAUUUAAAUCUUGUCUGUAAUCAGUAUUUCAUAUAUAAUUAUAGAUAUGUGCAGUGCAGAAGUGUGAACUCUGUCAGUAUUACCAGUAGUACUUCUAAAUGAUUGUUAUUUAUUUUCAUUGUUAUAAUUAAUUGCCUGUUAACAUGUACAUGCCCCCCGAGGGCCCUUGAUUGGUGAAUAAACUAAUAUAUAUAUAUCUAGCCAUGUCUAUAUUUCAUAACAUGAUUUUCAGGCAGAAUUUUUCUACAGGUCACUGAAAGUAUUUGGUCACCAUGGACUUUAACCCUCAGCCCUGGCAGACUAGUGCAGAGACUGAUCAACUGAUCCAAGACCUGUUCGCUGGUCACCACACUACUAAAG